AUGGUAACCCGUGAUCAGUUCGAUGUACUGCUGCUUCUCGACUAUCCCAGCACAGAGCACGUGAUCUACCCGGAAGCUCCAAUUGCCCGAUUGAUCGAGCUCCAAGGACACAACCCAUCUCCAGACCCUCCACCGCGCAAUCUAACACCCACCAACUCGCAUCAAAUAACAACCCUCAUCGCCAUCUCCACUUGA